AUAUGAAACUUCUAAGUAGUCUCUCGUUUCGUUUCGUUUCGUUUCGUUUUGGUUUUCGUUCGCAGGAGCGAGAGCGAGGUGAUGGAGGAGAAGAGAAGGGGACGACGAUACCCGAAACCCUAGAUCGACCUUGGCCCCAAUCAGGGUGGCGCCCAUGGCGAAAUCCGGCGCCGCUGCGGUGGCAGCGGCGGUGGAGGAUGCGGAGCUGAGGAGAGAGCUGCGGCGGCUCGUGCGCGCGAUCGCCGAGGACAACGAAGUCCCCGUCGCCACGUACGAGGAGGCGGCUAGGGUUUUGUCGGCGUUGAGAGAGCUCAGAUUCGGCGCCAUUAAUGGGGAUUCGAAUGGGAAGGAGAGGAGGAAGGAGGAGGGGGAGAGGGAGGUGGAGUCGCUGGAGAUUCCGAAGCGUUUCCUGUGCCCGAUCUCGUCGGAGCUCAUGAGGGAUCCCGUGGUCGUCGCGUCGGGGCAGACUUACGAUCGGCCCUUCAUUGAAGAAUGGCUGAACUCAGGUAAUCGGAUCUGCCCACAAUCCCAACAAGUGCUCGCAAACACCAUCCUUACACCGAACCUCCUCAUUCGAAGUAUGAUCUCUGAAUGGUGCACCGACCACGGUUUAAUCCCACCCCAACUUAAAAUAGAAGAAGAUGGUCUUUUACGUACCAAAAAUGAGAGAAGUUCCUUCAAUGACCUUCUGAAUGUUAUCUCAUUGCCCUCCUCAUCUGUCUUUGAACAGAAGAAAGCCGUGAGGGAGCUCCGUCUCCUCACUAAACUCAGCAGAUCAUUCAGAACCAUAGUUGUAGAAAACCCGAGCUCAUUCUGUCAAUUGCUCUCUAUCCUCUCUUCACCCAACUUACAUCGUGACCGAGAGGUCGAAGAAGAUAUGGUCACCACCAUUUUAAACCUUUCAAUUGACGAUGAUAACAAGAAGAUCGUCGGAGAAAACCCUAGAGUAAUUCCAUUGCUUAUCGAGGCAUUGCAGUUUGGCACCAUGGAGGCUCGCGGCAAUUCCGCAGCUGCACUCUUUACUUUAUCUGCUCUUGAUUCCAACAAGUUGAGAAUCGGUGAAAUGGGAGUGAUGAAGCCUCUUGUCGAUCUUUUAGAAAAUGGAAACCCCAAUGCCAAGAAGGAUGCAGCAUCAGCAAUCUUUAAUCUUUGCAUGGCACACGAGAAUAGAGUAAGAGCAGUAAAGGGAGGAGCAAUCGGUGCAUCGCUGAAGAGCAUUGAGGAUCAGUCUCUCGUGGAUGAGUCAUUGGCUAUCCUUGCUCUUCUGUCUAAUGACCAAGAUGCGGUUGAGGAGAUAAGUGAGAGAAGGGGAGUAUCUUGUUUGCUAAGAAUGAUUAGGCAGAACUCAUGCCCGCAUAACAAGGAGAAUGCAGUAGUGGUAUUAUUUGCUAUUUGUAUGUAUGAUCGAACAAAACUAACGGAGAUUGGUGAGGAGGAGAGGUUGAACGGGACAGUGUCUUGGAUGGUUCGACACGGUACUUCAAGGGGUCGAAGAAAGGCCUCUGGGAUCCUUGAGAGAUUGAAGCGCAUUUCAACACACAGCAUGCAUCACUCUUGCUAAAAUGUGGAUUUAUUUGGUAAUAAGUUGUAGGUUUCAUGUGUAUAUAUAUAUGUUGCCCUACUACUACAGUUAUAUUUUUUGGAUCAUCAGUACAUAUAACAGAUAGGGUUUUAUAGUUUGUCCUUUGAAUUAUGUGAACAGAUUUUGUAGGGGUUCUUUCCAUUUAUAGGUACAAAUAAAAGCCAUGGAAGUUUUGAUUUAA